AUGACAGAAGAAAUACGAUUAAAUGCUUCCAAACUAGGAACACAAGAAUAUUGGAACAACUUUUACAAGAAAGAACAAUCAAAUUUCAAUGAGAAUGAUGAAGAUACAGGAGAAUGUUGGUUUGAUGAUUCAGAUGCUGAAGCUAAAAUGAUUCAAUUCAUACUUGAAAAACUCACAGAUGAAGAAUUUCCUACUGAAAUCACUUCCUUAGAAAAGAUUUCCUUUUUGGAUUUAGGUACUGGGAAUGGUCAUUUAUUAUUUGAACUCCUGAAUGAAAUACAAGACGAAUAUGAUGGAGAUAAGGCAUUUGAAUAUAUUGGAAUUGAUUAUUCUCCAGAUUCAGUCCAAUUCGCUCAGGCUAUUGCAGCAAAGAAAUAUAAUGAAGUUGAAUUCAAGUUCUCUCAAGUUGAUUUAUUGUCUAAAGAAUCUCCAUUUUUGAAAGAGAAUCAUGGGAAGUUCGAUGUAUUGUUGGACAAGGGUACUUUAGAUGCCAUAGCAUUAAACCAAGAUCCAAUAGAAGAGUUUGACGGAUUAAUUGGAAUGGAUAUAUACGCAAGACAAGUCGAACAGCUAAUGCACCAAGGAUCGAUCUUAUUAAUAACCUCAUGUAAUUUUACGGAAGUGGAAUUAACCAAAAUCAUAACUUCAAAUACAAAAUUAUCAGUCUGGGAUAAGAUAAAUUAUCCAAGUUUCCAAUUUGGAGGUGUUAAAGGAUCUACAGUAUGUAGUAUUGCAUUUAUCAAGGAUUGA